ACACGCCAGGCUACACGCACCACCCCUCGGCGGGCGGUGCUGCUCAGGCCCUCCCCUUCCCGCCCCCGGGACCAGCCCCUUCCCCGCCCAGUGUCUGUGCGGCGCCAGCUGGAAGGGCCGUCUCCGGCGCAGAGAGGCUGGGCUUGCUCGGCGCAGCAGCUCCGGAGGUCGCGCUGGGCUGGGAGUGCCGGCGGGGCCGCGGCCGGGGCUAUGUUGGGCAAGGAUUACAUGCUGGCCAUCAUUCUGGUCAACUGCGACGAUGACUUGUGGGGGGACCAGAAUCUGGAGGGGGAACCAGGCCUGCCCCCUGGCUGGAGGAAAAUCCGCGAUGCUGCUGGUACUUAUUAUUGGCAUGUACCCAGCGGUAGCACCCAGUGGCAGCGCCCAACCUGGGAAUUAGGAGAUGCAGAGGACCCAGGCAAGGGGUCGGAAAGGAUUUGGGGACUGCGCCCCCCGAAAGGACGAUCCUUCUCCAGCCUGGAGAGCUCACUGGACCGAAGUAGCCCUCUGUCUUGGUAUGGUGAAGAAUCCUACAUCCAAAGCCUGGAGCCAGGAGCAAAGUGCUUUGCCGUCCGCUCUCUGGGAUGGGUAGAGGUACCCGAAGAGGACCUGGCCCCUGGGAAGAGCAGUAUUGCAGUUAAUAACUGCAUCCAGCAGCUGGCUCAGACCCGCAGCCGCAGCCAGCCUCCAGACAGUGCCUGGGGCGAGGGCCAGAACAUGCUGAUGAUCCUGAAGAAGGACGCCAUGAGCCUGGUGAAUCCACUGGACCACAGUUUGAUCCACUGCCAGCCUCUGGUGCACAUCCGUGUGUGGGGCGUGGGCAGCUCCAAGGGUCGGGACUUCGCUUUUGUGGCGGGUGACAAAGACAGCUGUAUGCUCAAAUGUCAUGUAUUCCGCUGUGAUGUCCCUGCCAAGGCCAUUGCCAGUGCCCUACAUGGUCUCUGCGCCCAGAUCCUGUCAGAGCGAGUAGGGGUCAGUAAUGAUGGCUCUUGCUGCUCCCUGGACCCCAUUUCUCCUGAAGACCUACCGCGGCAAGUGGAGCUGUUGGAUGCGGUGAGCCAGGCUGCUCAGAAGUAUGAGGCACUGUACAUUGGGACCCUGCCAGUCCCCAAAGCCAUGGGCAUGGACGUGCUGAACGAGGCCAUUGGUACCCUCACCGUCCGGGGGGACCGGAGCACCUGGGUGCCUGCCAUGAUCAGUGUAUCUGAUUCUCUCAUGACUGCACAUCCCAUUCAGGCAGAGGCCCGUGCAGAGGAGGAACCACUGUGGCAAUGCCCUGUGCGCCUCGUGACCUUCAUUGGUGUUGGCCGUGACCCACACACCUUCGGCCUCAUCGCCGACCUGGGCCAUCAGAGUUUCCAGUGUGCAGCCUUCUGGUGCCAGCCCCAUGCCGGGGGACUCUCCGAAGCUGUGCAGGCUGCCUGUAUGGUUCAGUACCAGAAGUGUCUUGUGGCCUCUGCAGCUCGAGGCAAGGCCUGGGGUGCUCAGGCCCGUGCCCGCCUGCGGCUCAAGCGGACCAGCUCCAUGGACUCCCCAGGAGGCCCCCCACCACUCCCCCUGCUCAAAGGAGGGGUUGGGGGUGCAGGAGCAGCACCUCGAAAGCGGGGUGUCUUCUCUUUUCUUGAGGCCUUCAGGCUGAAACCUUCUCUGCUCCAUAUGUCCUAAAUUGACCUGGGAGGGCUGGGGAAGGAGGCUCUGGGUCCAUGCCCAACUCUUGACCCCUUCAUUCCCCAGGGGCCUGCAGCCUCUUACCUCUUGGAGCCUUCUCUGCCUGCCCCUCCUGUCUUUGCCUACCCUCUGUUCCCCGUCUAUUGUUUAUAUGGAUGACUGGGAGGCCCUGGACCACAGUCGAGGCCCCUGGCUUCCUUUUUCUGGGUCCUUGUGUUCCUUGCCCUUGUCCAGCCCUUGACAGUUGGCUCUACCUCAGCAACACUUUAUAGCAAAAUCAGUGCAAAUAAAAAUCCUUCAGUGACCUCA